AGGAGAUGCAGAGAAAGACAGGCCCACUUUCCUCAGUCUGUACAAGGGAGCGUCCGUAGUUUCAGGUUAGGAGCAACAGGUAACAGAUUAAAGAUGCCUGGCACAGCAAGACACGACCGGGAGAUGGCAAUCCAGGCCAAAAGAAACCUUGCCAAAACCACAGAUCCAAUCGAGAGACUUCGCCUUCAGUGUCUGGCAAGGGGCUCUGCAGGCAUCAAAGGCCUUGCUAGGGUCUUCCGUAUCAUGGAUGAUGACAACAGUAGGACUCUUGAUUUCAAAGAGUUCUUAAAAGGCCUCCAUGAUUACGCUGUGCUGAUUGAGAAAGAUGAAGCUGAAAAGAUCUUCAGGAUCUUUGAUAAAGAUGGAAGUGGAACAAUCGACUUCGAUGAAUUUCUUAUUACAUUAAGGCCUCCUAUGUCUAAUGCAAGGAAAGAAGUCAUUAUGCAAGCCUUUCGAAAGCUAGACAAGACCGGAGAUGGGAUUAUCACCGUUGAAGAUUUACAAGGAGUCUACAAUGUAAAACAUCACCCCAAGUACCAGAACGGAGAAUGGUCUGAAGAUCAAGUCUUCAGGAAGUUUCUAGAUAACUUUGAUUCACCCUAUGAUAAAGAUGGACAAGUUACAACAGAUGAAUUCAUGAACUAUUAUGCAGGGGUCAGUGCGUCAAUAGAUACAGAUGUCUACUUCAUCGUGAUGAUGAAAAAUGCUUGGAAAAUCUGAUUGUAUGAAUUUGUAAUGCAAGGCCCUUGUUGCUGUUGUCGUUGUUGCUUUAAACAUCUCCUUCGCCUCAUCUACAGGACAGAGCCUUUGUGUUCUGAGCAAUGACCAGCUGCAGCGCUCAUGGCAGUAACUUAGAAGAAGCAAUAGUCAGCAUUAUUAUCACACCUAUUGUUUUGGCAAGACCAGUCUCACUACAGAACUGCAGUUUUAAUUUCAGCCAACGGGUUCCUAAUGUAACCAAUGUGAAUAGGGAACAGAAGGAUUUUUCAGGGAAGAAGUGGUGGUUGAUCAGGGUGCUUAACCCUUCCUCUGCCUGCAGCUUUCCCCUCACAACUCCCCCCCCUUAGCCCCAUUACUCCCCUUCUAGUCAGGCUCUGAGGACAGUAAUAAGAGGUGGCCUGGGGAGAAACACUAUCAGGGGAGGGCUUGCAAGAGGGAAAGUGGUGGGUCGGGGAAGGGUCUCCUAUAAAACUCCUCUUAAUCUCUGUAUUAUUAUUAUUCAGCAAACACAGGAGUGGGAACACUGGGUUGCAUCCCUGGGCUGCACCUGACCUCAGCACAAGGGUGGGGAUCCUUUUUCAGCCCGAGGGCCGCAUUCCCUUCUAGCCAAUGUUCCGAGGGCCACAUGCCAGGGGUUGUCAGGGCCGGAGGCAAAAGCGGUCAGAGGAAUGAAAAUUUUGCAUUUGUGCAAUAGGCAAAUUGCAAACACACCCUUCUCUGUCCUCCAUUCAGACAAGCAAGAGACGUUCUAAGAGUUCAGUUCCAGCCAGGCAAAAACACUCAGUGUGAGAAGCACCGCCAGGGAGGGAUGUGGCCUAGGGAGAGUUCUGAGGGCCAGAUAGAGAGGCCUUAAGGGCCACAUUCGUCCCCCAGGCCUGAGGCUCCCCACCCGUCUUAGUGGAAAGCACUUCUGCUUGAAAAAGGCAGGCCACCUGGUUUUUGUUGAUCUCUCCUACCCGCUUAAGCUCCCUCGCCCACUGAAAAGCUGCACCUGCGGGUUGGGGACCCUCUGGUACAGUAUGUGAUAUGACAGACAGGUCUGUAGUAGGUGGGAGGCAGAACUGAAAAUUGGGAGCCCCAACUUGUGCAAGUAGAGGUGCUUUCUAAUAAGGCAAAGCCAGUGUUGGAUACAAUCUGCUGUGGUGGCUGAAGCCCCAUGUAGUUCUGCCCUAGGGGUGAGUAACGGAAUCCUUGCUGCCAUUUCUUCUUUUCAAUAUGAAAUCUGCUUCUGCUCUGACCUCUGUGAACCCUUCACAAAUAUAAGUUAAAAUGUAAGAUCCAGAUCAUAGAUGUGCUAAGCCAAAGUGCCUGGAUUUAUAGUGAUUCUUAUGGCUGAGUCCAAAUUAUUGUUCUGGGCAAACAAUUACACAGGAUAUUGAUAUGACGAUUUGUUGCCUUGCGUCGAGGCAGGGAGGCGAGAAGGAAAACACUGCUGGUACUCCUUAGAAAAUGUUAAGUGUAUGUGCAUUAAAAUGGCAUCCACUGGCUAA